AGCCGACGGCCCAAUUCCACUGCAAAUUUAAAUGGGCCAGGAUCCGGAUUCUAUCCAAGCCCAACUCACACCCACGCUGCUCGGCUCGACACACAUCGCCGCCUCGCCGCCUCCCUCCCUCCUCCGGUCGCCGUCGCCGCCGGCGAGCUCUCCUCCUCCUCCUCCGGUACACAGCUCAGCUCUAGAGAAACCUCUUCCCCUGUUCCCCCCUCUCCUCUCGUCGAAGCCUCCUCCGCUAUCUCCCCGGUAGGGCUCCCGCCGACGCUCUCUCCUCGUCGCCGGAUAUUCCCAUCCUAUCCCCUCCUCGCUCUUGCUCCCUCUACGUGUGUGGCACGGCGGCGCACCGGAUCGGCGCUGGGAGCUAACCCCCCACCCCCCGGCGAAGAUGCCGCAGGUAAUGGUGGUCGCGCGGAACUUCAUGGACAUGGUGGCCGCGCUGCCGGCCGCCAAGCUCGACAUGCUCUACGACUCCGCCUUCAUCUGCGAGGCCGUGCUCAGGUCGCUCCCGCCGCUCGCGAAGAAGUACGCGCUGCAGAUGCUGUACGUGUCGGCGCCGGUGGCCGCUGCGGCCAUGGAGGAGUGGGUGCUCGACGAGUACGCCGCCAAGCACAGGGUCGCCAUCGAUAGGCUGCUCCAACUGAGGGUAUUUGUCGAGGUGCGCGAUCGAAGAAAGGAGGUGAGCUACAAGAUGAACCAGAAGUUCCAGGGCAACAUGCAAAAGUAUUUGGUUGAUGGUGGAAGUUUACCAAGGGAACCUAUACCAUCGAGUGUCACUGCAAGGUUGCCUACAUUGGCAGAAUUAGAGUCUUUUGCUCUUGAGCAGUGGGAGUGCUUCUUGCUGCAAUUGAUCAACUCAUCUCAAGUCGAGAGAGGGACAAGUUUCAGCUCAUCCAUGAUGAGAACUUUUCAGCGAGGUCUUCUGAGUUCAAGAGAUGGUGAAGCUCCAAGAUUAACUGAGAACGGGUUCCAGUUUCUGCUGAUGGAGACAAAUGCUCAACUUUGGUACAUCAUGAGAGAAUACAUCUCAUCAGCAGAGGAACGUGGUGUGGACCCCACGGAGUUGAUAUCAUUUCUAUUGGAACUUAGUUUUCAUACAUUAGGAGAGGCUUAUAGCUUGAAUACUCUGACCGAUGUCCAAAGAAAUGCUAUUAGGGAUCUGGCGGAGUUGGGACUGGUCAAACUUCAGCAGGGUCGAAAGGACAGCUGGUUCAUACCUACAAAACUGGCUACAAAUCUCUCAGCAAGCUUGUCAGAUUCAUCGUCUAACAAAGAGGGUUUUGUAGUUGUGGAGACAAAUUUCCGGAUGUAUGCGUACUCAACUUCCAGAUUACAUUGUGAAAUUCUGCGCCUUUUUUCAAGAGUGGAGUAUCAACUUCCAAACCUAAUUGUGGGAUCUAUUACAAAAGAAAGUCUUUAUGGUGCUUUUGAGAAUGGGAUUACCGCUGAACAGAUAAUUUCAUUCCUUCAGCAGAAUGCUCAUCCUCGUGUUGCUGACAAGAUACCUGCAGUCCCAGAGAACGUUACAGAUCAGAUUAGGUUGUGGGAAACGGAUCGUAACAGGGUUGAUAUGACCCUAUCGCAUUUAUAUGAAGAUUUUCCAAGCAAGGAUAUGUUUGAUCAAUGCUGUGAUUAUGCAAGAGAUCAUGGGUGCUUGCUGUGGGAGGAUGCGAAGAAGAUGAGAUUAAUUGUACGAGUGGAGUUCCAUUCAGAAAUGCGUGAGUUCCUCCGGAGGCUAAGAUAAAUCAACUAUAGUUUGCAUAAUUUAUUCAAUCUAUGUACUCCUAUAUUCCUGCACAGUAAGAACUUUAUCAAUGACUGUUGUGCACCAAUUUGGCCCAUUGUCACACAUGAAUAUAUCCACUGGCUGCAUCAUGUUAAGGAGUUGGAA